GCUCGCCGGGACGCCCGUUUGCGAUCCACGUGCCCGGCGCGAAAAAUCCUAGAUCAGGCGUGAACGCGGGCGCCUGAUGCCCUAGUCCCUCCUCGUCCAGCCACAGUUGUCCAGGAUGGUCCGCCAGUUCAAGUAUCAUGAGCAGAAGCUCCUCAAGAAGGUCGACUUUCUCAACUGGAAACAAGAUGCGAACCUCCGCGAGAUCAAGGUAAUGCGGCGGUACCACAUCCAGGACAGAGAGGAUUACCACAAGUGCGCCCCCUUCCGCUUUCCUUUCCACACAUCUCACUGUCCACACAGGUACAACAAACUAUGCGGUUCGGUUCGCUCCUUCGCCCACCGACUCUCGCUCCUCUCCGCACAAGACCCGUUCCGUGCAAAGAUGGAGGGCCAGAUGCUCUCCAAGCUGUACGACAUGGGCGUCCUCAACUCGCAGGCGAAGCUCAGUGACGUCGAGAACAAGCUCACCGUCGCCGCGUUCUGCCGCCGCAGACUCGCGGUGCUCAUGACCAUGUCGAACAUGGCGGAGACGGUCAGCGCGGCCGUCAAGUUCAUCGAGCAGGGGCAUGUCAGAGUAGGCCCAGACACAGUGACAGACCCGGCAUACCUGGUUACUCGUCACAUGGAAGACUUCGUGACAUGGGUAGACCAGUCGAAGAUGAAGCGCACCAUUAUGAGAUACAACGACGAGCUGGACGACUUCGACCUCUUGUAAACCCCGUAUCCACGUCGGCCAUCUCGGGUCCCCAUGUCUGGUGCAGCAUCCUUCGAGAAUACGCGCGGCUGUGUUCAGCGCAACCUCUUCAAGAGGUGCCUUGUGUACGCUCGACGGCACGCCCACGAAA